AGGACCCAGACCAGGAAAAGCAGCAGUCACUGCUUGUGGAAGCGCCAGAGCCUCUGGGAGCAGAGCAGGUGAAGCAAAGCCUGCCUGGGUAUGAAGGUCCGAAGCCUAAAGAAGAGCACGCUCAACAUGUGUGAAAAUGAAGACAGCCUCCUGAAAGUCAAAGUAGAAGAUGAUGCCUGGGAGCGGGCAUGUGACUCACAGCACAGCUCCCAUUUGCAAGAACUCUGCCGCCUGCAGUUCCGGCAGUUCUGCUACCAACAGGCUCUUGGGCCCCGGGAGGCUUUGGCUCAACUCCGAGAGCUCUGCCACCAGUGGCUGCAGCCUGAGACCCACAGCAAGGAGCAGAUCCUGGAGCUGCUGGUGCUGGAGCAAUUCCUGGCCGUCCUGCCCACGGAGCUGCAGGCCUGGGUGCAGAUGUAUCCUCUGCAGAGCGGGGAGGAGGCCGUGACAGUGCUAGAGAAUCUAGCAGCUGGACAUGGAGACACAGGAUGGCAGGCCUCUUUCUACAUUCAGGGACAGGAUAUGCACCUAGUGGUGACAGACUUUGGAGGAGCCUCUCUAGAGAGUCAGAACCUCCAGCUCCUGCCUGGGGUAACCACCCUGCCAAGCGAACCUCCACAGCUCCCCCAAGAAGGUUUGCUCCCCAGGGACCCGCCUGUCUCCAGGAAGAACACUCGAGAGAGAAGGCAGAAGUGGCUGAGUGUAGCCCGCCCCAGACCCAGAGAUGGUGUGCCCCACAACCCUUGUAGCACCGCUGUCCUUCCUGAAAAGACAGGCUUGAAUUCGAACACCCCUGCAGAUCGUCACCAACCGCGUGACUUGUGGGCCCGGAUGCACAUCACAUCCUUGCAGUACGCAGCAGGAGACAUUACUCGAAAAGGGAGAAAAAAAGACAAAGCUCGAGUGAGCGAGCUCCUCCAAGGCCUUGCAUUUUCUGAUGAGUCAGGUGUGGAGGAAGAUAAUGAGCCUGACACACAGCCUGCUCAGAAAAAGCUGAAGGUGGCAGGCAUCCCAAAGAAGAGAUGGACUAAAAGAGACCUUAGUCCUAGCUUUCCACACUGGUCAGCUUUGGAUUCUGGACUUCUGAACCUCAAGAGUGAAAAGUUGAGCCCAGUAGAGCUCUUUGAAUUAUUUUUUGAUGAUGAAACAUUCAACUUGAUUGUUAAUGAAACAAAUAAUUAUGCUUCUCAAAAAAAUGUCAGUUUGGAAGUCACAGUUCAGGAAAUAAGAUGUAUGUUUGGUAUCCUGCUUUGGAGUGGAGUUGUACAGUGUCCCAGCAGAGAAAUGUAUUGGGAGAUCUCUGGUGCUGAUCAGAACCUGGUGAGGGAUGCAAUUAGAAGAGACAGAUUUGAAUUGAUUCUCUCAUACCUGCAUUUUGCAGAUAAUAAUCACCUAGAUCAAAAAGAUAAGUUUUCAAAAUUGAGACCUCUCAUAAGGCAAAUGAAUAAAAAUUUCCUCUUGUAUGCUCCCCUAGAAGAAUGUUAUUGCUUUGGUAAAUCAAUGUGUGAAUGUUUUGAUACCGACCAGUUUCUAAAUGGAAAGCCUCUUAGAAUUGGCUAUAAAAUUUGGUGUGGUACAAAUACAAGGUUAUCUGGUUUGGUUUGAGCCCUAUCAAGAAGAAUCCACUUUGGAGGCACAUGAGGAUCUUGACCUUGGGUUAGGUGGCAGUCUAGUGAUGAACUUUGCUGAUGUUCUUUUAGAAAAAGGCCAGUAUCCCUACCAUCUGUGUUUCGAUAGCUUCUUUACAAGUGUGAAAUUGAUGUCAGCUUUGAAGAAGAAAGGGGUAAGG